UAUUUCUCCACCUCUAAAAGUGAGUCAGGCGGUUUAACGUGCGGUUUUCAGCGUAUUUGAUUUAUCUCGUUUUUUAUUAAAAGUCGCCGAAACGCAGAAGAAAAUGUCGACCCUGGCCUCUCCUUUGUCCAUUGCUGGCACCCGCCAGUCCGGCGCAUCGGUGCGCACACAGAACGUUAUGGCCGCUUUGUCCAUUUCGAACAUCGUGAAGAGCUCCCUGGGACCCGUGGGCCUGGACAAGAUGCUGGUGGACGACAUCGGCGAUGUGACGGUGACCAACGACGGAGCCACCAUACUGCGCCUGCUGGAGGUGGAGCACCCGGCUGCCAAGGUCCUGGUUGAGCUGGCUCAGCUGCAGGACGAGGAGGUCGGCGACGGCACCACCUCCGUGGUCAUUUUGGCCGCAGAGCUGCUGAAGAACGCCGACGAGCUGGUCAAGCAGAAGAUCCACCCCACCUCGAUCAUCUCGGGCUACCGCAUUGCCUGCAAGGAGGCCUGCAAGUACAUCUCCGAGCAUCUGACCGCCCCCGUUGACGAGCUGGGUCGCGAUUCGCUGAUCAACAUUGCCAAGACCUCGAUGAGCUCGAAGAUCAUUGGCGCCGACGCCGAGUUCUUCUCCGCCAUGGUUGUGGACGCCGCCCAGUCGGUGAAGAUCACAGAUCCCCGCGGCCAGGCGGCCUACUCGAUCAAGGCCAUCAAUGUGCUGAAGGCGCAUGGAAAGUCCGCGAGGGAGUCGGUGCUGAUUCCUGGCUACGCCCUCAACUGCACCAUUGCCUCUCAGCAGAUGCCCAAGAAGAUUGUGAACGCCAAGAUCGCCUGCCUGGACUUCUCGCUGCAGAAGACCAAGAUGAAGAUGGGCGUUCAGGUGCUGAUCAAUGAUCCCGACAAGCUGGAGGCCAUCCGUGCCCGCGAGCUGGACAUCACCAAGGAGCGCAUCAACAUGAUUCUGGGCACCGGCGUCAAUGUGGUUCUUGUCAGCGGCGGCGUCGAUGAUCUGUGCAUGAAGUACUUCGUGGAGGCGGGAGCCAUGGCUGUGCGACGCGUGAAGAAGAGCGAUCUGAAGAUCAUUGCCAAGGCCACCGGCGCCGCCUUCCUCACCUCGCUGACCAACAUGGACGGCGAGGAGAGCUUCGAUGCCUCCAUGGUGGGCGAGGCCGCCGAGGUGGCCCAGGAGCGCAUCUGCGACGAUGAGCUUAUCCUCAUCAAGGGCACAAAGGCGCGAGCUGCCGCUUCGAUUAUCCUGCGUGGUCCCAACGACUUCUACUGCGAUGAGAUGGAGCGAUCGGUGCACGACGCCCUGUGCGUGGUGAAGCGCGUGCUGGAGAGCAAGAAGGUGGUGGCCGGCGGCGGCUGCGUGGAGGCCGCCCUGUCCAUCUACCUCGAGAACUUCGCCACCUCGCUGGCCUCCCGCGAGCAGCUGGCCAUUGCCGAGUUCGCCAAGUCGCUGCUGGUCAUUCCCAAGACGCUGUCCGUGAACGCGGCCAAGGACGCCACGGAUCUGGUGGCCAAGCUGCGCUCCUACCACAACUCCAGCCAGACGAAGCCCGAGCGCUCGGACCUCAAGUGGACCGGUUUGGAUCUGAUCGAGGGUCUGGUGAGGGACAACAAGAAGGCUGGCGUCCUGGAGCCGGCCAUGUCGAAGAUCAAGUCGCUGAAGUUCGCCACCGAGGCUGCCAUCACCAUUUUGCGCAUCGACGACAUGAUCAAGCUGAAUCCGGAGGACAAGAGCGGCAAGAGCUACGCCGAUGCCUGCGCCGCCGGCGAGCUGGACGGUUAGACAUUCUCCACUGCGAGCGAAGCACCUUUCUUCAACUUAGGCAUUUAAUUUUAAUCACAAAUCACUCACUUUCAAUUGUCGCCCCAUUUGAUUGUAACAACAAUUUAAUUGUGUUGCCCCGCGCGAUCUGUAUUAACACCGCACAUCCCUAAAAUCCCUUCUCAUUCACGCUUCAAUGUAUAAUAAAUUGAACUUCAGAAUAUGCUGAGGCGCAAACUAAACUGGA